AUGAAUAUAUUGGGAAAUUCUGAUGGAUCAUCUCUCCAAGUGAUCAUCACAAUUCAGCUUCUCUAUGUCCUUGACUUGGAUGUCGCUCAACAAUAUCUUUCUGUAUAUGUUGAACAGGAAAUCGAGUGGCAAGAUGUCCGCUUAAGAUGGGAUCCCGCCGACUAUGGAGGCUUAGAUGUCGUUUGGGUACUCUGUGAUCAAGUGUGGACAACCGAUCUCUUUAACUCGAAUAGUCUUACGGUCAACGAGAUCUAUCCGGAUCGCCUUAAACAGUGCAAAGUUCACUCGAAUGGCUCAAUUCACUCGGAUAUGUUCCUACAAAUCGAUUCAGCAUGUUUCCUUGAUGUUCAAAAAUUUCCCUUCGAUAAGCAAACAUGUGAAAUACCAUUUGUGACCAUCGCUUUUGAGCCAAAAACGUUCGAUUUACAAGGAAAGCUCUUCACGAAAUAUAUCGGUUUCACACCUCAGGGAAAUGGCGAGUGGAAUGUGCUAAGUUUGAACAUGACCAAGGAUAGUCAACUGAAGAGUUCGAGUGAUAAUAAGGAAUUCAGCAUGGUUGUCUUCAUCCUCAAACUGCAACGAGAACCGAGUUUCUACUUUUACGUCAUCACUCUACCAUGUUUCCUCUUAACUUUUCUACGAAAAGCUUUCCGUUACUGGGUAUAUUUGUGC